AUGAGACUGUCUUGCUUGAAGUUAAUUUUAAUCACAUUCGUGUUUACAACAUUUUGGAAUAAACUAAAAUCUCAAAAAAACAAUGGGACUGAAUCUUUAAAUCAGGUACCAACUGACAUGUCUGAAGAGGAGAAAGAAAAUAUUUAUGAAGAGUUUGUGGAUUAUGAUUUAAACAGAGAUGGCCUUAUUGAUGCGGAAGAAAUUUCAAUAGUUUUAAAAAAUAUGAAAAAGCCAGACUUUAUAAAAUUUUUUACCAAAGUAGAUUUGGACUCCUCAGGAACAAUUUCAAUUAAUGAAUAUAUGAUAUUUAUAAGCUCAAACUGA